CUCCGCCGGCAGCGAACUGCUGCUCGAGAUCCUCGGCCCGGGGAUCGUCGGCGGCCUCUUCCUCCCCAUCCUCGGCGCGCUGCCGGACGCCUUGCUAAUCCUCGUUUCCGGCCUCUCUGGCACUAAGGAGGUUGCUCAAAGUCAGGUUUUGAUCGGAAUGGGCCUGCUGGCGGGAUCUACGAUCAUGCUUUUAACCAUACUUUGGGGAUCUUGUGUUAUUGUCGGUAAAUGUGAUCUGUCAGAGGAUUCUACUACAAUCGAUUCCCAAGAUACCAAAGCCUUCAGUCUUUUUGGCUCUGGUGUUUCCACUGAUUUGCAGACCAGCUAUGCAGCAAGAAUCAUGGCGAUAUCUGUUCUCCCCUUUAUCGUUGUUCAGAUACCGCAAAUUCUGAAGCUCCAAUCUGGUCAUCGCUUAACUCUACUGCUUGGGCUUAUAGUUGCAGUGCUACUUCUGCUUACUUAUUGCCUGUACCAGAUCUUUCAGCCAUGGAUCCAGAGGAGGAAAUUAGAAUAUUCAAGACUGAAGCAUGUAAUGUCUGGGCUUCUGAAACAUGCUCAAAUGCAUACUUUUGGUCACCUUGUUGAUGAUGAUGGCACACCAAAUGUUUCUGUCAUAGAGAAGUUAUUUCACAAAAUUGAUCUGGACAAUGAUGGAAAGAUAGGGCGUGGUGAACUACAGGCUUUCAUCGUUGGUGUGAAUUUUGAAGAUAUUGAGUUGGAUACUAACCUAGCUACAGAUCAAGUCAUGGCUGACUUUGAUAGGUCUCGGAAUAGUUCCAUUGAAAAGGGAGAAUUCGUUGAUGGUGUCCUUAGAUGGCUGGAAGAAGCUAAGCGUGUUGUUGCUGGUUCUGGUGCCUACUCAAAAAAGUUUAUGGAUGAUUUUCACAUUACAACAGGGGAAGAACAUAAUGCACUGCUUGACAAGCAUGAAGAUGAUGGUGAAUCUAUUGAAAAUCCAACCUGGACAUGCUUCAAGGCCAUUUCACUUUUGCUUCUCGGAACUGCAAUGGCAGCUGCAUUUGCAGACCCACUUGUUGAUGCUGUGCACAACUUUUCAAGUGCUACCAGUAUACCAUCUUUUUUCAUUUCCUUCAUUGCGAUGCCCUUGGCUACCAAUUCCAGUGAGGCUGUCUCGGCAAUUAUCUUUGCCAGCCGAAAGAAGCAACGCACUUUGUCUCUAACAUUCUCUGAGGUGUACGGUGGAGUGACCAUGAACAACACGCUCUGCCUGGCAGUGUUCUUGGCUCUGGUCUACGUCAGGGGCUUAACCUGGGACUUCUCGUCGGAGGUGCUCGUCAUCUUCCUCGUGUGCAUCAUAAUGGGCCUCUUCACCAGCUUCCGGACCAAGUUCCCGCUGUGGACGUGCUUCGUCGCAUUCCUUCUGUACCCACUGUCGCUGGUCUUGGUUUACAUCCUCGACUACAAGUUUGGCUGGUCGUAGACCUGAACCUGAACUGAAUGGUGAUUAGUUGAUAGGUCUGAUAUACGGCAUGCCUCACUUCUCUUACUGUUUGUAAACCUCAGUCUGGUACGUGUUUCCGGUUGGAUGCAGACUAUGGCUUUGACAUAUUGCAUACUUGGGGCCGUCACUAAUAAGUGAAGAUGAACUCUGUGAUCAUGAUAUCGCGUGUGUUGCUGCAGGAAUUGGUUGCAGUAUAGUUCAUCGAGAUUUGUCAUACGAAACAUGAAUCUAUUGUAUAGUUGUUAAACAUCAGUUGACAAACUAACAUAAGUACAUAACUGAAUGAGAAGUCUUUAUCCA